GAUAAUUAACUUAAAAGCAAUAGAAUCUUUUUUAUUCGACCUCUUUAAUUUCUAUCGCGAUGUGUCAAUUUUCAUUUAUGAAAUUUAUGUCAAUGUCAAAUCAAAUAGUAUUCAAAUAUGUAGUCAAUAUACAAUUAAAAAAAAUCUAAAAUCUUAUAAAAAUGCAGAAUAACAAUCGCUUAGGUCGGACUGUUGCGAAAAAAUACGAUGUGCAAACUAAAGUAUUGUUUGCCAAGAAUAAGAAAGUUGCAGAUAAUAAUUUUAAUGACAAAUUUCGUUUGGAAUUAAUGAAGAAUAGAAGCUGUUACUUCAGUCCAGAUACCAAAGACGCACAACAAAUAACUGACGGUGAGGAGAAACCCGAGCAUCCGAUGCGCUUACAAUACUCUGCACAGGAACAAACCGACUCUUGUUUACCACAAGACAUCAAAGAUCUUUUAUGGAAACUAAAACAUUUGCUGCGUAACGUAUUACCAGAAGGGACACCUUCAAAUCCCUUGAGUGUCUGCCAAAGUGUUUACAAGGAAAUUUACGAUUUUCCUAAACGUAUACGACAGACUCCUUUGCAUAGAGAUGCCGAAGUUCUAACGCAAAGACCAUCAAAGACAUUUAUUCCUUCAAAUAGAGUACACAUUCACAACGAACCUCGAGUAAUAAUAAUUGCUGAGAAGUUUGCCAGAUACAAAAAGGAGAAUUUAGAAAUAAGGAGACUAAAAGAACGUAUAGUUUGCGUGGAAUACGAUGUGUUUAAGUACGGCAGUUGCGCAAAACCUAUGCAGACACUGAGAGCUUAUUUUGCGGUUAGGAAAUUUUGCGAGAUCGAAAAAGAGAUUCCAACAAUUCCGUCUGCCUUCAAACGUAAUAACAACAUAACGGAUGAAGAUUUAAAAUACGGCGGCGAAAUUGGUAUAGAAAUAAUCGACGCAAAAAUACCCGAAAACAAAUCGUAUCUCGAAGGUCUUAAAAGGGUUUUAAAACAUCAACAAGCGAAUAGAAUAAGAAAAAACAAAAAUUUAGAUCCAAUGUUUUUAUAUGGUAUGGCAAAACAAGACGCCUUAAACAAUGAUUACUGCUACACUGAACUCACGAAGGCAGAAUUAGACGAAAUAAAGGAUUUAAUCCUUAAGAAAACAUCAUCAAGCCUUCACGGUAUAACUAGAAAAAAGUUAACAGCAGAAAGAGACACAGACAGACAGAAUGAAAGGAAAAAUAAAAGUACUCUAUUAGAUGACCUAUCCAGAUUUAUGUGUUAGGUUUAAAAUAUACAUAUUUUAUCUAAA